AUGGCUGCCCGUAGGUUCCGACAAGCCGUGGCAGACGUGAAGAGGCCUUCGCACACGGAUGCAUUCCUGCUGCGCUGGCUACGGGCGCGGGACUUUGACGUUGCCAAGGCCGAGCGCAUGUACCGCCACGACCUCGAGUGGCGGAUAGAAAACGCCGUCGACGACAUGCUGCAACGCUACGAGAUACCGGAAAUUGUGAAGGAUAACUUUCCCGGAGUGAUCUUGCACCCGUGCAAGGACGGCCGACCCAUGUGGUUGAUUCCAGCCGGGCUGGACAUAAAAGCAUUCGUAGCCGCACUGACGCCAGCCAAGGUGCAGCGGCACUGCGUCUACUUGCUGGAGUACAUGGAAUCGCUGAAGCGCUCGUCCAAAAGGGAGGCGGGCCAAGAAUUGGAAAAUCAGUACCUUGUCAUUGACUUCGACAAGUUCAGCCUCCGUCAAGUUUAUAGCUGGCAGGCGAUAAAAGCGAUCACGGACAUGCUGAAAAUGAUGGAGGACCACUUUCCAGAGUGCCUGGAGAAGUGCAUCUGCAUUAACGCUCCCAACUUCUUCCCCGUCCUGUGGAAACUGGUUCGCCCCUUCAUGACCCACCGGACGGCCGACAAAGUGAAAGUCUACGGCAAGGACGGCUGGAAAAACGUUCUCCUUGACAUCGUGGACGCUGAGCAGCUUCCGGCUCAUUGGGGUGGAAACAUGGUGGGACCCGGCAACGACCCAAGAUGUAGGCACAUGGUGAACCACGGGGGCCGCUUCGAGGAGGGAGCGGCGCCCUCCGUGUUCAAGGAUGACGGCGCCCAGUUGAGGAACAUCGGUCGUCGCGACCGGUGGCAACUGCCUGUGAGCGUGGCCGAGGCGGGUGUGCGAAUCAGCUGGCGCUUCCAGACGUCCUCCGGUGACCUAGCCUUUGGUCUGCGCAGCGAGGCUGGAGAGACCCUGGUUCCCCUGCGACGCGUCGAGGCCUGCAGCGAGGAGCCUCAGGAGGGAUGCUGGCAGUGCGACACGCCGGGCACAUAUAUCCUCGAGUUUGACAACAGCUACAGCUGGCUGAAUGGCAAGACGCUGGCCUAUGUCGUAAACACACACGCGGUCAACGGGGACUCUUGACCCUCAACCUCCAAGGAUGUGUUUGUGACCUAGGACAAUCUACGACGUCAAAAUUCCGGGUCUUGCAUCUAUCGUGACGUCAUCCACAGGCUGUCGACGGCAAGACACCGCGUAACGUGCACUAGCAGCACAGAAAGCCGGGCCGAUGUCGACACAACGUUGGACCUCAUUGGCCGCGCGUUAGGCAACGUUGGUCCCACAAUGCACCUGUUUAGAGUGCUAUACUCGGGUGAAUGGCAGCUGGGUAAUAAAAAAAUUCUUGUCU